UACGUUUUACGUAAUACAUUGAAAUAUUUGAUGGUUACAGUUUAUAGUUUCUUAUCGCGAUUCUUAUAUGUUGCAAGAAAUGUUUGAGAACCACUGAGAAAGCACGAGGAUCGUUGUAUUUCAUCAUUUACCAACUUUUGUGAAAUUGAGAAUUAUGGCAUCGUUCAUGGUACCGGUUGCAGCGAGAUUUACUCGUGUCACGAUUGAUAGUUUGCACAAUUUAAAUAAAAACAUUUUACUUAGGUUAACUCAACAAUCACAUGUUUCUUGGCAAAGGCAAGAGUAUAGUACUAUUACAGAAGAGCAACAAUCAGAAAGGGGAGAACCACAAUCUUCACAAUUGGAACUUACAGAAACUGAAAAGAAAUUGAAAGCAGAUAUUGAUCUCAUCAAUAAGGAAUUACUGGAUCUUAAAACUCAUAAAAAUGAAUUAGAAGAUAAAUACAAACGAGCGCUUGCUGAUGGAGAAAAUCUUAGAACUAGACUAACUAGACAAAUUGAAGAUGCAAAAAUAUUUGGCAUCCAAGGGUUUUGUAAGGAUCUCUUAGAAGUAGCUGAUAUUUUAGGCAAGGCUACAGAAAGUGUACCAAAGGAUGAACUUACAGAAAAAAAUCCACAUUUAAAAACAUUAUAUGAAGGUUUAAAGAUGACAGAGGCACAGUUACAUAAAGUGUUUAAAAAACAUGGUUUAAUAUCACUAAAUCCACUGAAUGAAAAGUUUGAUCCUAAUCAACAUGAAGCACUAUUUCAACAGGAAGUUGAAGGUAAAGAACCAGGAACAAUAGUAGUUGUAUCUAAAUUGGGCUACAAAUUACAUGAACGAGUAGUAAGACCAGCAUUAGUUGGUGUUGCCAAAGGAUAAUUUAUGAUCGUUUGUUAAUUAAAUGGAGAUUAGAUGUAAUCUCAUAAGAGCUACCCGUGAAUAAAAAGUGUUGGCACGUAUAUAUUGUAAUUAAAAUUAAAAUGUA